UUUCCCUGUCUUUCUCUAUUAGAUGUCUGGAAUUGUCCUAACCUAACUUCCAUGCCACUCUAUCCACAUCUUGAAGACGAGGCUGUCCUUGGAUAAUGCCAGCUUGAAGCCAUUAGAAGAGACGAUGAUGAUCGGUGAUGAAGACAUUUUGGCACCAGCAGAAACAACAUCAUCUGCUUGUACAUGUUGUUCCCUCUUCUCUAUUUUCUCUCCUUUAGUCUCUGGAGCAUCUGGCCCGCAUGUCUCCGCUUCCUCCUCUUCUCCUCUUUCCAAAUUAAUAAGUUUGGAAAUUAUAGGCAUUGAGGAUAGAGAAUGUGUUCCAGAGAGGUGGCUGCGCAAUCUCACUUCUCUCAAGAAUUUGAGUUUGUCCCGAUGUCGUAGACUGAGGUGUAUACCUUUGUCCCCGUCUCCGAGCGUCCAACAUCUCACCACACUUGAUUUUCUAGAGAUAGUGCGCUGCAACGAGCUGGAUCUGUGGAAGGAGGAUGAGAGUUUCUCGCAGUGGAAAUCCCUAAGGAGCCUUCGUACCCUCCGUAUUUCUGAAUGUGAUCGUUUGAUAAAGUUGCCGCAAGGAAUAGGUAACCUCACAUCCCUUUCCAAACUAGUCAUUGGAAAUUGCCGUAAUUUAGCAUCACUGCCAGUAGGGAUGUGUCGCCUCACCACACUUGAUUGUCUAGAGAUAAUGUGCUGCAACGAGCUGGAUUUGUGGAAGGAGGAUGAGAGUUUCUCGCAGUGGAAAUCCCUAAGGAGCCUUCGUACCCUCCGUAUUUCUGAAUGUGAUCGUUUGAUAAAGUUGCCGGAAGGAAUAGGUAACCUCACAUCCCUUUCCGAACUAGUCAUUGAAUAUUGCCCUAAUUUAGCAUCACUGCCAGAAGGGAUGUGUCGCCUCACCUCUUUAGAGACACUGCGGAUUUACAACUGCUCCAGCGUAUUAAGGCAAAGAUGCGAGAAAGAAAGAGGUGAGGACUGGUCUAAGAUUGCUCACAUCCCAAAUAUUAACUUCUCUGACAUCUGGUGACAGACGGGAGUCAGCUAAUGUUCUGAACCAUUCAUUCAGUUAACCGAAGCGCCCUUUCUAUGUCGGUGGCUCAAGAUUCGUUCCUCGUUGAAACUUUAUGCUUCAUCUCUACAAUUGUUUACGCUCGCACAACAGCGUGGUGGUGUAUGUGUAUCAAAUGGUUGCAGCCUGCACUUCUUUUACCUUUUAACUUUGCUCUUUUCCUUGUAUAUAUCUUCUUUGUUUCAUUUCAAGAGGGGUAAGGUUUAUGUCCCCCCUUCUUUUUCAUGUAAUUUUUCUCUUCUUUUUUUAUUUUUAUUGUAUGAGGGGUAAGGUUUAUGUCCCCCCUGACUAGGUGUACAUUAUUUUUCAUUAUCAAUAAAAUUUCCCUCGUACCGCCGAGGUUUUAUCAAAA